UUCGUCGCUUUCCGGCGGAGCCACUGAUCGCCUGGGACCGGCCGAGUGCAAUCCCGUAUGAACCGUGGGGCUUCUCAGGCGAGCACAGUCCGCCGCGAUGAGGCUCCCUUUGGCCGGGGCCGUGCUGCUGUCGGCGGCCGCCUACUUCGUCUACCUGCCGCUACCGAGCGGCGUCAGCGAGCCCUGGAAGCUGAUGCUGCUGGACGCGCUGUUCCGGAGCUUCAUGAAGGCGAGUGACGUGGCUCACGCGCUGGGCGUGUGCCAUCGGGUCCACCUGUUGAACCAGGUGGUGUCCUGGGUGGAGGUGAUCGAGGCUCGCUCCGGCCCCACGGUGCUCGUGGCCGACUCCACGCUGGGCGGCGUGCCCACCCGGGUCUUUCAGCCGAAGGCGGGGAAGCAGCUGAAAAGAGGAAUCAUAUACUUCCACGGAGGAGGAUGGGCCCUCGGCAGCGGACGGAUGCGAUCAUAUGACCUGCUUUGUCGGAAGAUGGCGGAGGACCUGGACUCUGUUGUCAUGUCUGUGGAUUACCGUCUCGCUCCGGAGGCCGUGUUCCCAGAUCAGUACCACGAUGCGUUAGGGGCGUCGCGGGCCUUCCUGUCCCCCGAGGUUUUAGAGCGCUACAGCAUCGAUCCGGAGAGGGUGUGUGUGUCUGGAGACAGCGCCGGAGGAAACCUGGCAGCCGCUGUGGCACAGGAGCUCAGCUCAGAUGACAGUCUGACAGUGAAGUUCAAGGUCCAGGCUCUGAUCUACCCGGUGCUGCAGGCGCUCGACUUCUACACCCCGUCCUACCAGCAGAACCAGGCUGUGCCCAUCCUCUACAGGCCCUACAUGGCUCGUUUCUGGCUGCAGUACCUGGGCGCCGACUCCUCCCUGGAGCCCCUCCUGCUCGCUAACAACCACAGCUCCCUGGACCAGCCGACCAUCAGUGCCAGCACCCGCUCCAAGCUGGACUGGACCGCUUUGCUCCCCGCUAAACGCAGGAAGCACUUCCGGCCGGUCGUCAAAGAAACGGGAUCACCGGGGGUGAUGGGCGAGGUGCCGGAGCUGAUGGACGUGAGGGCGGCACCGCUGCUGGCGGAGCAAGGGGUUCUGGGUCGGACGCCUAAAGCAUACGUGAUGACCUGCGAGUAUGACGUGCUGAGAGAUGACGGGUUGAUGUACGUCAGGCGCCUGCAGGACGCCGGCGUCACGGUGACCAGCGAUCACUAUGAGGAUGGUUUUCAUGGCUGCAUGGUGUUUGCGUUCCUGCCGAUGAUGUCUAGCGUUGGACAUAGGAGCAUGAACAACUACAUCCACUGGCUGGACCAGAAUCUGUAGACAAUCAAUACAAUCCAGGAUCUGUAUGGUCCGUGUGUGGAACCAAAGAUGUCCUGGAGCAGAAAGUCUGGUACUUGAGAGCUCCUUGUUGGACCUGCAGAGAGGAGACUUUAGUUAUCAUAAAUGUAAUCGUGGUGGGCGGCAAAAUGGACCAGACCAACAAAUCUAACUCCCAAGGCCUGUAAUAUGCUUCUUUUUUUACCAACGUUUGCAUGUAGACAAGCUGCUGGGCGAUCAUCAGGGUCGACUCAUUCCUGGUGAAAACUGAUUACGCAGAAUGUAAACAUGGAGGAGGUCAUUAUGGUGUUAAUGUUAGAAGACAUCUCUUUUUAGUUUCUCCUCUUUUCACUGUCAGCAUCGAGUCCUGCUCACAUCCUGCUCCCACCACUCAUGUCCUUAAUAACAUCUCGUGGACGUGCAGCGAUUAUUUUUGGACAACCAUGAAAGCCGCAAACGUGCAUUCAAACACGUCUUUUAUAAGCAAAUAAAUCAACGCAGUGUAGUUUAAAAUCUGGAUUCGAAUGGACCACAAAGUGUCCUCACUGGACCCUGAAACCAAAACAUUUCUAAUCAAAUGUAACCAAAGAAAGUGACGCUUUCACACUUACGUCAAAGGCCAUAAAUCCAAUGCAACAGUUUGGAGAGUGACCGUAUACUUAAGGCUCAUUAUUUUCAAGAAAAACAAAAUCCUGGAGUUUACAGAAGAGCUAACGAGGUUUAUGUUCAAUAACAGAACAUUGUUAAAACACUAGAGAUGUAAAACAACUACAGAAGGCUCUCCAGCAAAACCAUUGCUAUUAGUAUCACUUCUUUUAGUUUUGAGUUUUUAAAAAAUGUCUACACUUACUGUACAUGGAUAUAAUAUGGGCUAGGCUCAUCUGUGUUGAACAGACAACCAAAUUUUGAAGAUGGUUAAAAAAUAAAAGUGACAUAUAAUCACGCUAAGUUAGCUAAUGUUAGCAAAACGUUUGCUAACUAUCCUGAGAAUUAGCUAUGAUUGAUGCACAUAGCAUAUCUAAGUACAGGGAAGGAGAAAAGUUGUCAUUGGAGUUUUAAAAUCAUGAACACAAACACAUCAGAGUCGUCCGGUUAAACUGUCUGUUACGGUUGUUAAUGGUGUUUAUUUGAUAUUUAAUAAACAGAUAAAACAACGGAUAUAAAGCAUCAAUAUAAAAGUCAACAACCUUCAAGGGAAACAUCUGGAGAAAUUAAACUCUGGUAUGAUUUUGUAAAUAACUCUAAAUGGUGAGCUUUGAAUAAGUUGCCUAACUUCUCCUGAGUCCUGAUCGGACUAGUUUUAGAGGUCAAAGUCACUCUUUAGUUAGUUAGUUAAGUUAUCUUCAGCUUUUAUUCUUUUAUGAUGCACUGAAACAGUUUGCUCACACACACACAAACAGGCCAGUCAAGGUUACAGUGUGUGUGUGUGUGUAGGGGUGUGUGUGUGUAAAAGUAUGCCAGAGUUCACAUCUGUCAGUGGAUUGUGCAAUAUUGUAUGUUUAAAAGAAUCCCUCGCCCUCUGUUACUCCACUCUCUGAUGACCACUGUACUGCAGAGCCAAUGCAAUGACGACGACGACAAUGAUGAUGAUGAUGAUGAUGAUAGCUGUGAAAUUUAUGCGAGAAUUACUGUAUCACCACGACAGAAGAGAUCCCAAAUGGACUAUCGUGUUCCCUCCCCUCAGCCGCUGCUGGCCCCAAAACUAAUAUAAUGAACCGACGACAGCGAGCGUCAGACAGGCUCGGUUUUUGGCUUUCGGCCCACGAACGCAGCGAGCCAAGAGCGUAGCAGAAACACUGAGCUGAGUGUGGUCAUUACAAGGGCUUCACAUUAUUCAGAAAGAACAUGUUGGAAGUGUAUCAGAGUGUCAGGAGGUUUUCUUCUUUUCCUUAAGGGGGGGAAAUGAGUCCAGACAGUUUAUUCCUAACGUGGACAUUUUGUACACUUUCUAGUGAAAAGAUUAAGUUUGAUAUGUUUAAGUAAAAUAAGUCACUCAUGAAUAAGAAAUAUAAUUUUUUUUUUUUAAGAUUAGAUGAGGCGACUGUGGAGAAAGACUUUUUGAAUGUUUCUCAAGUGCUGUGAUUUUUAUUGCUGUAUGUGAAAUACGCAUUAAGUGGGUUUUAUAUUGUAUAAAUAAGGUUUUAAUACGAGUCGGGUUAUGCAACAGGUUGUUUCAGUCGAGCAAAUAUAGAAAACCGGCCCCAGAUGUGCUCCUGCAGCGCUAAUAAAGCCCAUAAGUUAGCUGCUUUAUUGGCUUCUGUGACAACUCUAGUGGUUUAUAGGGAGCAGGAUCACAAUAUUUCUUUAUGUUACUGUUUUAAUAAUGUACUGUAUUUGUAUUAUCCGGUCAGGAUGUCAGUACACACAGACACAUAUUUGUAUGUAUAUAUAUAUAUAUAUAUGUGUGUGUGUGUGUGUGUGUUUAGGCAUAACAGUGUGUAACUAUGAUUACGAGGACUAAGAGCUGCUGCGCCUGUAGAGGGCGUCCGGUGGCCAUAUUGGAGGUUAAACAGAGCAUUUGGCAUUUGAUAUAAAGAGCUUAAAGCACAAGUGUUCAUUUAGUCGCAAUAAGCUAAAUUACAUGUUUUUUUAGUUCUACAGUAUAAAUCUGAACCCAUUAAACAUCUGACCAAGUGAUUCAGAAAGAAAAUCUUAUGUAUUAUUGUUAUAAUAUACCUAAUGUAUGGUGCUGGUAUGAUAUGAAACGUCUUAUUUUUUUGUCCUUAAAAAAACAUUUAUGUAAAUUUAUGACACAAAGAGCUGAAAUAAUUAGUUAAUUGAGAAUAAUUCAGCAACGUUUGAGUCCUUUUUCAAGAAAAAUGCCAAACGUUUGCUGCUCAAAUGUGAAGAUUUUCUGCUUUUUUCGUUCUUUUAAACUCACUGUAAACUGAUUACUGACUUUUGACAUUAUUCCCUAUUUGCUGCUUUUCAAUUUUAAAUUUUAAAUGAUUGUUAGUUGCAGCUGUAAUCACAUGUGGAAAUGCCAUUUCAUGUCACACUGAACAGCAUUUUACAUGAUUAAUUCAGAUUUAAACGUGGUGGUUUCCAGACAUUUCACAUGCAUUUUACUCAACAAAAAACUUCAAGGAAAGUACAUGUUAAAUGCUUGAUACUUACCCAUAUUACUAACCUGUUGAGAUGGAAAUAAUGAGACCAAGAUGUAGAUAUUUGGUUAAAUUGAGAAUAUUUAACGUAAUUUCCAUGUUACAGUUCAGUUAUUAUGUUGUUUUGUUUAGAAAGUGAGUGUCGACCUCCGUCUGUCGACCUCCUCUGUAAUCGCAGUUAAUUCCUCUAUAUUUUACUAAUUGAUUGAACUGUGAUGUAACGGGGGCUUAAGCGGGAAAAACCUACUGUAUCUGCACACAAUGUAAAAUGUUCACAAAUUACUAUUUUUUAUGAUUUAUUUAUGAAAAACAAAGAUUAUAAUGACACAUAUAGAGAUGUUUUUGUGGCUUGUUCUGUGCAAAAAUCACCAUUCACACACAAAUAAAGUUAC